AUGGGUCCCCUCCGUCUCCCUGGUCCCCUCCGUCCCCCUGGUCCCCUCCGUCCCCCUAGUCCCCCUCCGUCCCCCUAUCCCCCUCCGUCCCCCUGGUCCCCUCCAUCCCCUGGUCCCCUCCAUCCCCCUGGUCCCCUCCGUCCCCCUAGUCCCCUCCGUCUCCCUGGUCCCCUCCGUCCCCCUGGUCCCCUCCGUCUCCCUGGUCCCCUCCGUCCCCCUAGUCCCCUCCGUCCCCCUGGUCCCCUCCGUCCCCCUGGUCCCCUCCGUCUCCCUGGUCCCCUCCGUCUCCCGGUCCCCCUCCGUCCCCCUCCGUCUCCCUGGUCCCCUCCGUCCCCCUAG